AUGCCCAGGACAACCCCGAGCCGACCUGAUGCUCGGCUGGCCACAUCACCGCCAAUCCCACCCAAUCCAAGUCAUUUCCCUUUCGCCUCUUAUACUGCCGCUGUCGGUGUCCACACAACGCUCCACGCAUUCUCUGCGCUAUUUCUUCCUCGAACUCCUGGAGUCAUAGAAUUGAUAUCACCAGAACUCGACCCCAACUCAUUCACCUCACGCGACAGGCCGCAAGCGGCGUUCCUCGAAGUCUUGACCCGUAGUCCUCCAGCAACUCUCGCUUGUAUUUGUCUCGGAGCCGCUGUGCUGCAGAGCUGGUGGGGUGGCUGGUUAAGGUCAUGGAGAAUUGAGUCCAUAUUGCAGGGUACGGGAGCGGAGAGAAAAGUGGCAAGAGCUCGAAUAGACGCGAAGAAGAUUGCGGCGCUGCUGGAUGCCUGGAUCGCGACGGCCGUGGCUGCUGGAAUUUAUUUUGUCGCGCUGAUACUUUUGGGAGCCCCAACAAAUAGCCAUCUGCCACAGACAUUCCUAUUUGCCGUCCUUCUUUCCAUUCUAACAACGUUCGUUCCGUCCUACACUUUUGGCUCGCCCUUCUCCGGGACAGAUUCGACUGUCACACGUCUUACGUGGAUUCGUCUUUUCUCAGACCUCUCAUGUCGCUCUCCAGUUGAGCGGGCAAUACUUUAUCCUAGUAUCGGAACUAUCGUCGGCUCUUGGAUUGGGGUAAUUCCCAUUGCACUUGACUGGGACCGACCAUGGCAGGCCUGGCCAUUGACGCCAACAACUGGCGCGAUUACAGGAUAUAUAUUCGCCUCGAUAUUGGCCCUCGCAGCGAGCGGGGUCCGCUUUCUCGCUGACGAGCAUCUGCGCUCUCUUCAUGCAGAAAAGCUAAAGACAACAUAG